AAGGGCCUCUGGAAGUGGCUCUGCCCGUGACGUCACUUCCUGCGGCACGCAGGAAACAAGCGUCCAGUUCACGCGAUAAUAAUUAGGACAACGCGAUGCUUAGUGGGACUUGUAGUCUUUUUUUCCUCUGUCUUCGGGUUUGUCGUUCCAACCUCUAUCUCACACCCACCCCCGACUCCAGAUUGGGAUAUCUGGGUGCGUGGCGGGGUGGGCGGUCCCAUUUUUAAUCUUGGCUGCAAGAGUUUCAUAGUGACGGAGGGGUGGGGGAGAGACGCUUUUUUCAUUGCUCCGAGGACCGCUGCCAAAGAGACGCAGUAGUCCCACUCCCGUUUUGGAAGCCGGGAGAGGGCGGCUUGUGUCCGCCAUGUUGGUGAAGGUAAACGUAGGCGACCGGAGCUCCAGGACUGUCUGCUUUGCUGGCUGAAGUCUGCCAUAUUAAUAAAGAGACAGGGAGGACUGACACCCCCCCACCCCCCCACCCCAUUCACAAACCCGUUUUUCCCACUCGGCUUUUACGACUCCUCUCGGUGGGCCCGUCCCCAGCCUCGCUUGCCUAGCGUUUGCCCGAAGGAAGCGUAGCAGCCAGCGCCUCAGAACAGGCUUAAGGCAGCGCCGAAUGAGGGGGAAAGGGAAAUGCCGACCAAUUGCGCCGCGGCGGGCUGUGCUACUACCUACAACAAGCACAUUAACAUCAGCUUCCACAGGAGGAUUUAUUAUUACUUAAAUUCAGCUUAUGGGCUACAUCACUUACCCAUUGAAUAUGCUGAGAAAAAUCCAAACUCAUGAAAAAAUUAAGGUUUCCUUUGGAUCCUAAAAGAAGAAAAGAAUGGAUUCGCCUGCUUAGGCGCAAAAAUUUUGUGCCAGGAAAACACACUUUUCUUUGUUCAAAGCACUUUGAAGCCUCCUGUUUUGACUUAACAGGACAAACUCGACGACUUAAAAUGGAUGCUGUUCCAACCAUUUUUGAUUUUUGUACCCAUUUAAAGUCUAUGAAACUCAAGUCAAGGAAUCUUUUGAAGAAAAACAACAGUUGUACCCCAACAGGACCAUCUAAUUUAAAAUCAAACAUUAGUAGUCAGCAAGUACUACUUGAACACAGUUAUGCUUUUAGGAAUCCUAUGGAGGCAAAAAAGAGGAUAAUUAAACUGGAAAAAGAAAUAGCAAGUUUAAGAAAGAAAAUGAAAACUUGCUUACAAAAAGAACGCAGAGCAACACGAAGAUGGAUCAAAGCCACAUGCUUGGUGAAGAAUCUGGAAGCGAAUAACAUAUUACCUAAGGGCACAUCAGAACACAUUUUACCAACUGCCUUAAGCAGUCUUCCUUUGGAAGAUUUCAAGAUUCUUGAACCUGAUCAACAAGAUAAAACAUUACCAAUUCUAUAAAACAUUCCUUUAAGAGUAGCUCACGAAGAACUUGAUGCCCAUCCUUCAUUCUAUUCAAAGGUAAAAAUAUUUAAAGAAAUUAUGCCAAAAUUGGGUAUUUAAUAAAGUUUUACUUGAAGUACCAUUAUUACUGUAUAAUUUAUGAAGACUUGAUUAUAAAAAAAUGGAAACUUUCUAUGAAACAUAUAUUUGAAAAAGAAUGGAAGUGCCUUACAUGAGAAUUAUGUACUUAAAAAUUUUGCUAGGAAAUUGUAUGUUUAACCACUGAGCCACCCAGGCGCCCGGAAAUUGUAUGUUUACAAGGUGUUUUGUGUUUUUGUCUUUUAAAACUACUUUUAAAGAACUGUCUAUGACAAUAUGUUUAAUUUCUAUUAGAAAGAAAAAUUUUUUUCCUGUAUCAAUGUUGAGAUAUUACAUUCUAAAUAGGAUGGUAAGUAAGAAUUAGCCAACAUUAAAUAUGACUUUAAAACUG